AUGUGCUCUGAAAUAUUUGAAACAGUGUGGUUUCAAAACCGACGCGCGAAAUACCGCAAGCAAGAGAAGCAACUGCAGAAAGCUCUGGCGCCGGCGGUGCUGCCUGGCUGCAAUGGCAUGAUGAGGAACAUCCAGGGGUACCGUGGCUACCAGCCCUACCCCCACCCCAACACCAUCAACAGAUAUCCGCAGCACCACGGCAGCUAUGAGGAGUUGCAGAAGGAUAUAUUCUCGCUGUCCCAGAUGGGAGGAGGGUCGUAUCCGAUGCCCCAAGGCUUCUCUAUGGGCCACGGAGCCAACAUGAGUGCAGUCGGCAUGCGCCAGGAUACCAUGAGCAUGAGCGCUGAAGACGAGUGGUACAACAAAUCACUGUCCGCCCUACGGAUGAACAGCGGCCACCACGCCAACUUGGCGGCCGCGCCGAUGCUUCAGUACCAGACCUAA